AUGGCCUAUGCACCGAGAAGGCAAACCCUUUUCGGUCAUUUACACUCAGUUUUACUUCUAUUUACUUGCAGCGGUGAUAACUCAGAGUCUCAUGAGCACAAGGAUUCUCAUCCUUUUGAAAAUCAACAGGACGAUUCAAGCAUUGACAAAGAGGAUUCAUUUUCCGAAUCUGAUUCUGAUUGCAACGAUCGCGACAGAUCCAAUUUAGAUGAUAUGAUUGAAGCGGAAGAAGAGGAAGAUGCUUUUGUUGAUUCGCUUGCGCGAUUGGAUGCCCCUCAUUCUAAUCAUUUCGAUUCAGAUAAUCCGGAUGAUGGCUUCAACAACGCUAUCUCCACUCACCUCGUUUCUUUAAAGGGACACGAACACCAUAGUAAUGGUACUGGAUGCGCAGUUUGUGCCGGUGUUGGACUACUUUCAAUUUGCAUUGCUUGUAAACGAGCAUAUCACUUAGGCUGUCACCAACCACGACUUGAUCGUAACCACUGGUACGAUGUGAAAUCUAACGAAGUGGGUGCAAGAGGCGAAGUAUGA